AUGAUUCCACUUGAUUUAAACACUGCUUUUCCUGUAGUACACACAGGAGAUGAGGUGGUCAUAUUAACUUACCCGAACUAUGCUACAGCUAUGGUACAGAACAUUGAAUUUAUGUCACCACCGAUGCAAGGCGGUUUCCUGCAUGUAAUGACAAUCAUAGAUCCAUCCACAAAGCCUUUUGCCAUAUUUCUAACAUACAAUCUACCUUCUAUUGGGUAUAAUCGCUUACUGGUACCUGAGAUGCUUCAAGGAUUGAGCGGACGAGCAUCAUAUUUUGACAACAGCACUGCAAUUAUUAAGCAGGAUUCAUAUCGCUCGCAAUACGUGAUCUUAGUGUUUCGCACAAAUGGUCCAGUUAGUGUUGGGAAUCAAAAUCAGGGAAAUUUCGUCGCGAGACAAGUUAUGGCUGGUUCCGAUUUUAUGGGUGGAUGCGCAGAUGUUCAAUGUUUCCUAACCACCACUAAUCUUGGAAAAGAACUUGGACAACCGCUUGCCGGCAGUAUAUUUCAUGUAACUACGAAGCGCACCAUGUUUAACACAGUGGAAAUCACCGCUGGUAAUCUAACACAAGCUUCUGCUACCGUAGCCGGACAGAUAUUCAUAGCUUUUGUAGCUUAUUUAUUGAUAUAA